AUGAUGAAGCGAGUCAUCUGGCUGAUAUCAGGAGUAAAUAGAAGAAUGAUGAAGCUACUUUUUGCCCUCGCUUUGAUCGCCUACAUCGCCUCUGUCUGGGGAACGUAUACAAACAUGAGAUCAAUACAGGAACAUGGAGAAAUGAAGAUUGAGCAAAGAAUUGAUGAAGCUGUCGCUCCACUCAGAGAGAAGAUUCGUGAUCUGGAACAAAGUUUUUCUCAGAAAUACCCACCUGUGAAAUUCCUGUCAGAAAAAGAUCGGAAAAGAAUUUUGAUUACUGGAGGGGCUGGUUUUGUGGGUUCCCAUCUGACCGACAAGCUGAUGAUGGAUGGCCAUGAAGUAACUGUAGUGGACAACUUCUUCACAGGGAGAAAAAGGAAUGUGGAGCACUGGAUUGGCCACGAAAACUUUGAGCUCAUCAAUCAUGACGUUGUAGAGCCUCUUUAUAUAGAGGUGGACCAGAUCUAUCACCUGGCAUCUCCAGCCUCUCCUCCAAACUACAUGUAUAACCCCAUAAAAACCCUCAAAACUAACACCAUUGGCACCCUAAAUAUGCUUGGAUUGGCCAAACGUGUGGGUGCCAGACUCCUCCUCGCGUCAACAUCUGAGGUUUAUGGAGACCCAGAAGUGCAUCCUCAAAAUGAAGAAUACUGGGGUCACGUGAACCCUAUCGGCCCUCGAGCAUGCUACGAUGAAGGAAAACGAGUAGCAGAGACCAUGUGUUAUGCCUACAUGAAACAGGAGGGAGUAGAGGUGAGAGUGGCAAGGAUCUUCAACACGUUUGGCUCCCGUAUGCACAUGAAUGACGGACGGGUUGUCAGCAACUUCAUCUUACAGGCUCUACAGGGAGAACCUCUUACAGUUUAUGGUACUGGUUCCCAGACAAGAGCCUUUCAGUAUGUAAGUGAUCUUGUGAAUGGUCUGGUGUUGUUGAUGAACAGUAACAUCAGCAGUCCAGUAAAUCUGGGAAACCCAGAGGAGCAUACCAUAUUGGAGUUUGCUCGUCUCAUCAAAAGUCUCGUCGUGAGCCGCAGUCAGAUUCAGUUCCUUCCAGAGGCUCAGGAUGACCCUCAGAGACGAAGACCAGACAUCCGAAAAGCCAAGAUGAUGCUUGGCUGGGAGCCAGUGGUGCCACUGGAGGAGGGUCUGAAUAAAACCAUCCAGUACUUCAACAGAGAACUGGAGCACCAGGCUAACAACCAGUACAUCCCCAAACCUAAAGCCGCUCGCAUGAAGAAAGGUCGACCGAGACACAACUGAGGUGGGGCUUCCCACUGCUGACUCUCCCACUGCACAGAGGAAUGUUAGGAAUCCUCAGACAACACAUCUCUGAAAUACACUGACUGUUUCUGGGGAUAUCGUGUCUUUUUUCUUUCUUUGGUUCUUUUUUUUUUUUUUUUGUACCCCAAAAUCUAAGGAAAAACUCACUCUUUCAAAAGGGUACUACCUUGCAUCUGCACUGGCGGAUGAAGACUCCGUCGCUAAAGCUUGUGUUUUGAUGGGACGAGCCUGGUUCAAAGAAUGACAGCAGUUAAAGAGAAAAAAAACUCAAACCCAGCCUACGUGUUUUUUGUGAUUUUUGUGCUUUUUCCUAUUUAAAAUGCUGACUCGAGAGACUUGUUUGAGCAAACAGACUACGAUCCACUGGAUGAUUCCUCCUCCUUUAAGUGGCAUGUCACUACCUUUUCAACUAUAAUGCACCACACUGUAGGACCGGGAAACCUAAUCACGGCAUCAUUAAAUGUGUCUCGGGUGUGAAAUCUCAUGUGAGGAUGUGCAGUUUGAAUUUCAGGUGAAGACGCUAUUUUAAUAAAAAUAUUUCCAAUAUUUUGUGUAUAAUACAACUAGGGAGGAAAAUAUUUGUGCGUAUGACAAAUCUGUAGAACUACUUUCUUUGGCUGGAAAA